GGGAACCUCUCGCUGCCGACGCUUCCCCGGCCCAUCCUCCCCCCGCCGCCCCCCGAGGACGAGGCGGACGAGCAGGGGGGCUCCGCUGGCCAACCCCGGUCCCCGCCCGCCCGGGGCUCCAUGCGGCGGCGAUGGGGCGCGGGGUCCCCCUCGGAUCGCUCCUGCUGCUGCUCGCCCUGUGCCCCGCGGCCGCCGGCGGCACCUGGAUGUGGCUGGGCAUCGCCCCCUCGGGCGGGCAGGAGAAACCGGGCUGCCCCAGCCCUCCGCUGAGCCGCCGGCAGCAGGAGCUGUGCGAGCAGAAACGGGAGCUGCUGCCCGCGAUCCGGGAAGGAGCGCGUUUGGGACUCCGGGAGUGCCGCAACCAGUUCCGACACGAGCGCUGGGACUGCCGCCCGCCGCCCCGCGGCCCCUCCGACGCCUCCUCUGUCGCCGCAGCCUUCGGGCAUCAGCUCAGCAGCGGCACGAAGGAGACAGCUUUCAUAUACGCAGUGACGUCAGCGGGCCUCGUGCAUUCAGUGACGCGAUCGUGCAGUGUUGGAAACAUGACCGAGUGCUCCUGCGACAUGAACCUGCGGCAUGGAGGCUCAGCCAGUGAGGGCUGGCACUGGGGCGGCUGCUCUGAUGAUAUCCACUAUGGAAUGUCAUUCAGUAGAAAGUUCCUGGAUGUGCCCAUUAAGAACAUAACGGGCAAGAGCGGGAGCGGACUGGCAGCGAUGAACCUCCACAACAACGAGGCAGGGAGGCAGGCUGUAGCAAAGCUGAUGUCAGUGGAUUGCCGUUGUCAUGGUGUUUCUGGGUCCUGUGCUGUGAAAACUUGUUGGAAAACCAUGUCCUCCUUUGAAAAGAUUGGUCGUUUUUUAAAGGAUAAGUAUGAAAACAGCAUACAAAUAUCAGACAGACUGAAAAAAAAGCUACGCAGGAAAGAGAAAAGCCAGCGAAAAAUACCAGUUGGGAAAGAAGACCUACUGUAUGUGAACAAAUCACCUAAUUACUGUGUCGAAGACCAAAAACUGGGGAUCCCUGGGACUCAGGGAAGGGAAUGCAACCGCACCUCAGAGGGACCUGAUGGCUGCAACCUCCUCUGCUGUGGGCGUGGGUACAACACCCACGUUGUCAGGCACGUGGAAAGGUGUGAAUGCAAGUUUGUCUGGUGCUGCUAUGUGCGUUGCCGGAGGUGUGAGACCAUGACUGACGUACACACCUGCAAAUAAGAUUAAGUACAGAAAACAUGGCCAAACCAUCCUGCACUGUUUAGUACACACAACUGUCAAACAGGCAGCAAUUACUCUUACCACGUGGGAUUCCAGGGAGAAUGGGUAUUGCGAAACAAUGGGUAGUCCAAGCAUUUGGUGUGUGAAAGAGCAACCAAGUGAACAGCAACCUGCAUGCAAGGACAUCUGAAACAACAAAAAAGGACUUCUGUUUACACAUUCGGAGGUGUAACUCUAUGAGCAGGGACAUGCACUACACUUUCCAAGUCUUUAAUAGCCACAACGUCCUGUAGAUCCAUGUGGUCAGUAGGUACAGUGGAGAAAACUCAAUAUCUCAUUAGCCAGAGACUGAAGAGUUAAAAUAGUGUGUAAGACACAUUAGAUAUAAUCCUUAUGUAUGUAUUUUUAAAACUGGGACUAGAUGUAUCCACUAGAUGGUUCAUUUCUGAAGGCUUUAGAAAAAAAAAAUAGAAAGGGGGAAUGUUCUACUGUUGACCAUGAAGCGUUUGCUUUGCAACUGUUUGGAAAGCUGUAUUCUCCAUAAUUUGCAGAAAAGCAUCUGGUACUGAGAAACAUGUGUGCCUGCAGAGAGCUGGGCACUGCUUGAGUGGAAGAGCAGCGUGCAUUGACGUGGAGUAAGCUGUAUCUGGAGUAGAGGGGCUGGAGCACAGCUUGAUGAGCUUAAACGGUGUACUAAGUGGCAACUUCAGGAUUUUUUAUAGGUUAUCUUUCAAAUGCACAAAGGACAGGUCUGAGGAGGGACAGAAACACAGUUUGGUAUUGAAAGGAAAUAAAAUCCCUUGCAGGCAUUUCCUCAGUAUCUGAACACACAAUUUGCAAGUCAGCCAGUGAUCACCCCACUGCUGGGCUGCAUGCAAUAAUCUGCCAUGUCCAACCAUCUUCCUGGUUCACCACGAUUUUCACAAUUAGCUAUUUUGGCCCAAAGAAAUCUGCCAUAAAGAUAAAUAUUUUUUAAAACAUUGUUUUCUCUUUUGGAGAAAUUUUUCAUUAGGUUGCAUCCUAAGCAAGUUCAAUGCACAAUGCAAUUUGUGGAUUGGCUCACACCACUAAAAUAUUUAAACUCAUUGAUAAUGUUUUCCUCCCCUCCAUAUGUUGGCUAAGUUUUUUUUUACAUCUAUGAAAGGUUGUUUAUUUUUAUGCAAUGAUUUAAUGCCUGGCUUAAAAAGCGUCAUGUGGAAGGAUUUCUGUUGUUUAAAUGUGCAAAGACCUAUUUUUGAUAAGACAAGAAAGUUUAUAUUUUGUAAAUAUUUAAAUUAUGCAAGUUAUGUAAAAGGUUUCCAAAACUAAUGUGAUAAGAUUACAGCCUUUGACCUUUGUUGGUUAGAUAUUUGUUGCUAUUGUAGUAGCCUUUAAUUGAAUUUUGUUUGCAUGUGCAGGGGGAAAUUAGUCAGAUAAUUGCAUAAAUGUUCUUUCUUACCAUCAGGGUGGUUGUAACCGUUGCUGUUAAUGCACACUCAUGAGAAACACUUACUAUGACUUUCUAAUGAUUAGUUAAUUAGUAUUCUCUACACUUUUAUUGUUCUUUUAAAUCCAUUUUACAAACAGUGAAAUCCCAGCUCCAGCACUAAGUACAGAACUGCCACUGACAUCAAGGGGCUUUACAAGGGUUUGCAAUCCCUUGGCUUGUUCUGUUCUACACUAACAGUCAGUAUUCAGAAAGACAUCAUCUUAGACAGUUUGCUUGAGGCUUUCAAAGUUACUUUGAGGAAUUAGUUUCCUUAUUGUCUGUUAUUUUCCUAUGAAAGAUGGUGACCAGAUUCCCUGACACACUUUAUUGGAUGAGUAGGUCAGGAAGAAGCAGAUAAACACAUGUGUUACUCUGCCUUACAUAGAGUAUCUUAGAGACAUCAGUUCAGCAACCUAGAAAUCCUUUAUCUGCAGGUUCUUUUUGGACCUUCCCCCACACUUGUCCAGUCUGUCUCCAUUGACCUAGCCAGAUAAUUAUCCUAAGGCCAAAAAAUCUGCUGUCUGUGCAAAGGGUGUCUGUACACCUGUCCCCGUCACAGGAGAAUUCAACACCCUCCCUAUCAAAACUUUGAUGAGGAAGACACGCUCUGAUGGAAGACCCUGCAAAGAGAGUUGUGAGCCCCGGGGUGUUCCCACCUAGCAAUGAAAGUACAGGCUUUCCACAGGCUCCACAGGCUGUGCCACAACACCUAUUGACAGGGUGGAUGGGACCUGCUGCUGGUCACUGUUGAUAUGAAGGUGUUGUACAGACCACCUCUCUUUCUGAAUCUGCCCUACAUUAAGCUGCUGGCAGAGGUAAGUGCCUCCAUGCCCUAGGUAAGACUGCUCCUAGUGGUACCUCCACAAACUUCAGUGUUGAACUCACCGCUCUUAUGUUUUAUGGGGCUUCAGCAGAAACCAGAUGCUACGAGUUUGGUGUGGAGACCAAGAUGUUCUUUUGAAGCAAUCCCAAACCAUGUCUCCAAACUACCUUAGCCUUUACCAUACGUACAGGUUCUUUGAUAUCUGAUCUGUAAAGUAAGAAUCAUGGCCACUGUACUUCUUGGAACACCUUAACUUCUGACAGAGUAGGGAAUGGGGAGAGAAUGGUCUCGGACUCCUAGGCCUAAGGUCAGCUUCAGUGGUUUGUCCAGAAGAAAAAUCUCGGUAGGCUUUUUCUGUGGGUUUGAAGGAGAAGGGCACUCACAUCAGCAUUGUGUGGAGACGUGGGGCAGUCAUGAUAGUAGGUGUUUGGUAGUGCAUCAUUUUU